UGGACGAGCCAAACAUUCGCAGCGAGGGGGCAGAGACUAGCGAACGAGAGCUAAAGGUGGCGUGACAGCCCCGUUUAUUGGAGCUUUUUCUCUCGGGUACACGAUGUGACAAUGCGGCCGAAUGAGACGAGCUCGGCGGCGAAAGUCAGCAGCACACGACGGCCAACUUCGCUUGUUUGACAAGCGGGAAAGAGAGUGCCAUACGCCAUGGCAACUCAGCCGAGCGUAUAUGAUGAAGAAAGGAAUCGUCUCCGCCUUCGAGCCUGGGAACAGAGGAACCAAGAAACCAGCCAAGCCAAAGAACUGGGCACUGAGAAUGUGCCGCUUUUCGGGCAGCCGUACAAAACAAACAAAGGUGAUGAGCUGUCCAACAAGAUCCAGAGAAUGCUGGGAAGCUACGAAGAUGUGAACAGUUCUACAGAGCCUUCAGCAGUUCCUACAAAUUUCACACAGUCAGAUGGAGGGCAGCCAAACUCCAGUAGGCCUAGCACACUUGUCGUCCAAGACCCGGCCCUUCAUGUAUCCAGCCAAAACCCCCUAAGUAAUAGUUACCCUAUUCAGACAAUGAGGGACAUCCCCACUUCAUCCCCAAACCACAAUGGAAGCUCACUCACCAUGCCAAAGGCUUCAACGGAUCACCAGAAGAAGGUUGAAACUAUGUCGGAUAUCGAGGAGAAUGCUAGCAGUCCUAAGGGAAGGUCCGCUCAGUCUCUGGACGUCAAGCCGAUACCUUUCCUACAUUCCAGUGAGGCCAAACGUCAGGAAUCCACAGAAGCUCCCUCGGCUGUCAUGGCGGACGUUUCUGCGUUUAACCUCAGGCAGUCACCAGCGGACGCUUCCCUGCAUCAGGCGGGCAAGGGCGGCAACCCCCUGCUCUUGCAGAGCUUGCCACCGCUGUCCUCGUCCAAGCAACCCAGUGUUGCCGUGAUGCAGAAGCCCACGGCGUACGUGAGGCCUAUGGACGGUCAGGACCAACUGAUCAGCGGCUCGCCGGAGUUGAAGCCUUCGCCCGAGCCACACGUAGCUCUGCCGGAGAUCCACAAGGUCGAGCCUAAAAUGUUGCCCCAGUAUCUGGAGACAAAGACAAAUGAAGCAGUGUGUGUGGAAGACAUCUUGAAGGAAAUGACUCAUUCCUGGCCGCCUCUCCUGACAGCCAUACAUAUCCCCAACUCUGAUGCAGCCCCAAUAAAGGAAGCAGAGCAAGCCUCUUCAUGUGCAGGACGACAACAAAGCCACAACUGUUCUCCUGGACAGACUCAGUGUCUCAACAUACAAAGCUCCAAACUGUUUUCACACAAAGAGGCUCAUUCCAGCGGCGUGGAGUCGGCCAGCUCCAGUGACUCUGACAGCAGCUCCAGGUCGGAGUCGGAUGGUGACAGCGUUGCCGAUGAGCCUUGUGGACUGACAGCAAGCUGCAAAUCUGAGCCUGAUGCUGCGGCAGCAUGUGGCAACUGGCAGUUGGGCAACUGGAUCCAGUCCAGUCAACAAAACUCCGGCAACCAAAGCCAAGAUGGCGCCAACGUUAUCCGCGGCUCCAAAAAACUUCCUGUGGAGGCGACCCAGUCAUCUGAGCAUGGCGGAAACCCUCCACAAGUGCUUCCUUGCAACGAGAGUUCUCAUGAAAGCUCUCUGAACGGCGGUUCUUUGAAACAUCUGGCCGGCGUGCGCAAACCGCCGAAAGACUGUGUGAAAUCUGAGGACACUUUAUCGAGUAAAGCACCCCCUUUCUCAGACAGACCUAAGGUCAAAACGAAGUCAGAACGUUCCAAGAACACUAGCGGUGACUCUAAAAGUAAGAGGACUUUAAAAUCAGCAGGCGUGCAAAAAACUGAAUCUAAGCUCGAGUUGCACCAACCUGAUGCUAGGUGUUCGUCGUGCCCUCAUCAAUGCUCUUGCCAUAUUCCUACCCACACCCCACUCGUCAAAACCAGCACGAGCAAAGCCGGCCCGGAAGUCGUCCGAGAGGAGAAAACCAUUCCUAAAGAGUCCGCCACUAACAAUAAGUCCUGCAAGAAGUUGGGCCGUGCCCCUAAAUCCUCUAAGGACAUCCCCACCAGGCCUGCUAGAUGCCUACUGGUAAAGCUCGACCUCAGUCUGCUCUCCAGAGUCCCUCUGGCGACAUCUGGGAAUGCAGAAACCCCAAAACAAACCAAGGCCAGCAAGAAGACUCUACCUCAAACUGUGGAGACGGAUGACCAGGCUCAUCCCAGAAAGAAGCGGAAGCUGGAGAAAAAGAUGACAGCAGUCAACAAGGAUUCUUCUGUCAAAGUGGAAAGUUGCGCCACCCAACCAAGUGAGCAGCAGCACAAGAAGACCAAGAAAAAGCAGGUAGACUUGGAGAAGCCCCCAAAAGCCUCAGGGAAAGAUUUGAAGGUGCACAAAAGAUCGCGGGAGGAGCCUCGCAAGGAUGCCCCCAAGAGCAAAGACUCCUCCAAGCAUAAGAGCAGCCAUGCAAAGAACACGCAAGCGGAGAAGCAGAAGCAGUCAUCCUUGCAGCACCUCAGAAAAGUUGAGACCUCCAGGCCCUUGCUCAGGGCUGAGGACAGGCAGUAUCCAGUGAAGCACUACAUCAAGGAGGCCAAACGACUGAAGCACAAAGCAGAUGCCGAGUCGGACAAACUCAGCAAAGCCUUCAACUAUCUGGACGCCGCUAUGUUUUUUGUGGAAAGCGGAAUCGCCAUAGAGAAAGACCCGCAGAUUUCCAUGUCUUCCUACACUAUGUUUGCAGAGACAGUGGAGCUCCUCAAGUUUGUGCUGAAGCUUAAAAACUUGGCGGACACAUCAGCUCACUCCUCAGAAAAGGACUUUGCAGCAUUAUGUCUGAAGUGCCAGUCUCUCCUGCAGAUGGCGAUGUUUCGCCAAAAGCACAAAACUGCGCUCAAGUACUCCAAGACGCUCACAGACCACUUCAAAAACCCCGCACUUGAGUCUUCAGUGAGCGCCACAAAGGGCCCGAGCACGCCGUCCCCUCUGACCAGCAUCCCGUCCCCAGCCUGCGGAGCUGGCAGCACUGUGGCUGUUCCCAUUGCUGUGGAGCAGGUGGCGCUCGCCUAUGUCAACAUCACUAAAUUAUUCCUGAAUGCCCACGAAAUGUGGGAGCAGGCGGACCAGAUGGCUGUCAAAGGCAGCGGUCUCGUGGCAGAGCUGGAUGCUGUGAUCGGCCCGCUGAGCUUGACCUCUGGCGUGAGCGCCAUGGUGCGCUACACAAAACAGGGAGUGGCGUGGCUCCGACUGGACAGCUCAAAAGCUAAAUGAAUGUCUGCUGAAGGUACCUGAAGCUUGGGAUCCAAUUGGGGUAUGUACGUAAGUCAUGUGCUGAAGACAGACUCUAGAAAUAUGGCUUAUGUGGAUUUGCCAUUGAGUUAAAAAACAAACAAAAAAACAUGCACUUGUUAAAGCAGGGUGGAAUGCCCCAAAAUCAGGCCAAGUCAUAGAAUUAGGUUAAAGUGCCUUUAUUCUCUCGGCAUUCUCCUAGUGACGAGGACUUUUUCUCGAGCCAAUCAUAUUUGUCAGCACACUUUAUUUUUUUAAUUUAUUGUUGUUAUACUUUUUGUACAUGAGCACUUUUCCAUGGAUCAGUAUGUGAAAGGAAUCCAUCCCAGAUCCAGGUUUGUCACUUGUUUUUUUAGGUACACAAAAAAAGUGGCUAGUUGGAAUAAUUUUAGGAUUGAGUCUCACAUUUCUCUGCAUUUCAGUUAACAAGGACAAGUGAAGUAAUUCAACUUUUUUCACACAACACCAAUUGCUAGCCUUGGGUAUAUCGAAAUCUUUAAUUAUGAAGCUUUUGUUGACUUAUUACAAACUGAAUUUGUUUGGAUGUGCUUAUUAAAAUUGUUAAAAGAUGUUAAAAGAAAAGAAAAAAAACAACCCCACUUGGUUUCGAUCGUCAAUUCCGUUGUUGUGUGUAGUUAAACGACGAAAGCAAAAAAUGAAGAUUGAAAAUAUUUAUUUACCCCCAGAAGAAGUU